AUAACGUCAGAAGCAGGAACAUCCAACAGCGCUUGAAAGAAACUGUGUAGUCACCGUGUGGGUUCGGUGUACUGCAGUAAUAAACAUAAUAUAGCCGAAUCGUUCACAUUUAAAUUACCACACAGGGCUUCACAGCGGUAUCUACUUUAACAUCUGUCAUCAUGUCUAUUAUGUCAUAUAAUGGAGGGGCCGUCAUGGCGAUGCGUGGAAAGAACUGUGUGGCAAUAGCAUCAGACCGGAGGUUUGGUAUUCAAGCACAGCUGGUUACCACUGACUUUCAGAAGAUUUUCCCCAUGGGAGACAGACUCUACAUUGGGCUGGCAGGCUUGGCCACAGACGUACAGACAGUAUCUCAAAGGCUGAAGUUCCGCUUGAACCUGUAUGAGCUGAAAGAGGGUCGACAGAUUAAGCCAAAGACCUUCAUGAGCAUGGUGUCCAAUCUUCUAUACGAGAGGAGGUUUGGGCCUUACUAUAUUGAGCCUGUGAUUGCUGGUUUGGACCCAAAGACCUUUGAACCAUUCAUCUGCUCUCUUGACCUUAUCGGAUGCCCCAUGGUAACAGAAGACUUUGUCGUCAGCGGCACUUGCUCAGAGCAGAUGUACGGCAUGUGUGAGUCCCUAUGGGAACCUGACAUGGAACCAGAGGACUUGUUUGAGACCAUCUCACAGGCCAUGCUGAAUGCCGUUGACAGAGAUGCAGUGUCUGGAAUGGGUGUCGUUGUUCAUGUCAUAGAGAAGGAUAAGAUCACCACACGCACCCUGAAGGCCAGAAUGGACUAGACAAAACUACUGCUAAACUUCCUCUUUUUGUACUAAAAUAGAAUUUGCCUCAGCCCAUUUGCCACCAAUAAUAUUCAGUUGUUUAAUAAACAUUUAUGACAUUUA